AUGUUUAAUAAUAACACCAGAUCUACUAACAAUUCAAAUGAUUGGAAUAAAUGGAUUGAAGAAGCUAUUUCAAAUAAACUCAUCAAACAUUAUGAUUUUGAGCAAUUUUAUAAUUUUCAGGAAAUUGGUUCUGGAAGCUUUGGAAAAGUUCAUCGUACAAAUUGGAAGAAUUCCAAUAAAAAUUAUGCACUAAAAUCCUUUUUUAAUUUCAAUGACACUGUAAUUAAAGUAAUUGUUCAUGAGAUUCAACUUCAACGUGAAGUUGGACUUCAUGAUAAUAUUAUCCAUUUUUAUGGUGUCACAACUAAUGAGGAAAACCAAUAUUUGAUGGUAAUGGAAUAUGCUAACAGUGGUACACUCCGAAAUUAUUUAAAAGAAAAUUUUAAAAAUCUUACUUGGAAUGAUAAAUAUAAAUUUGCAUUUCAACUGGUUUGUGCAAUAUCAUGUUUGCAUGAUGAAGGAAUUGCACAUCGUAAUUUGCACUCAAAUAAUGUUUUAAUCCAUCAAAACACCAUCAAGUUGGCCGAUUUUGGACUAUCAAAAAGGAUUAGUGAAACCUGUCAAAAUUCCGAUUCAUUUGGUAUAAUACCAUAUAUUGAUCCAAAAAAAUUUAGUUCACACUCAUUCUCUUUAAAUGAAAAGAGUGAUGUCUAUAGUAUUGGUGUACUUCUUUGGGAGAUAUCAAGUGGAAAGCCACCAUUUGAUGGAAUAUCAUCUUUUAGUUUAAUUCUUCAAAUUUCGCAAGGCCAUAGAGAAACACCCGUUCCUGAUACACCUACAGCUUAUGUUAAUCUUUAUACUGAGUGUUGGAAUGGAGAACCAGACAGUCGUCCAACUGUUAAUCAGGUAGAUGCUAGGUUGAAAGCAAUAAAUAACAAUCAGAUUAGUUGCAAUUUUAGCGUAAUGGUCAAUAAAAUCAUUCAACUUACAAAUAAGAUAGGAGAUGAUGCAGAAAAGCAGGAAAUUCUUAAUUAUCUUAAUAAUAAUAAUGUGACUUUACAAGAAAUUUAUAAUUGGGCAUUAAAUAAUCAAAAUAAUUCGAAUUCUACUGUUUUACUCGGAGAUUUUAAUUACUUGGGAAUGGGAAUUAAUAUUGAUAAAAAUAGGGCUUUUGAAUUGUAUCAAAUUGCUGCAAAUUUAGGGAAUGCAUUUGGUAUAAUUAGUUUAGGAUAUUGUUAUCAAUACGGAGCUGGAACUAAUAUUGAUAAAUCAAAGGCAUUUGAAUUAUGUCAAAAGGCAGCAGAAUUAGGAAAUGCAGCUGGAAUAAAUUAUUUAGGAGAUUUUUAUGAAAAUGGAAUUGGAACUGAUGUUGAUAAAAAGAAGGCAUUUGAAUUAUAUCAACAAGCAGCAAAUUUAGGAAAUCCGGCUGGAAUAAAUAAUUUAGGAAAUUGUUAUGAAAAUGGAAUUGGAACUAAUAUUGAUAAACAGAAAGCAUUUGAAUUAUACAAAAAUGCAGCAAAUUUAGGAAAUGCAUUUGGAAUAAAUAAUUUAGGAGAAUGUUAUCGAAAUGGUAUUGGAAUUGAUGUUGAUGAGAAAAAAGCAUUUGAAUUAUAUCAAAAAGCAGCAAAUUUAGGAAAUACUGAUGGAUUAAAUAAUUUGGGAUACUGUUAUGAAAGUGGAAUUGGAACUGAUAUUGAUAAACAAAAAGCAUUUGAAUUAUAUUAUAAAGCAGCAAAUUUAGGAAAUAAUGUAGCUCAAUAUAAUCUUGCUUUAAUGUAUAAAAAUGGAGAAGGAUUUGUUAAUAUGGAUAGGGCAAUUUAUUGGUUAAAAAAAUCUGCGGAACAAGGAGAUCAACUCGCUCAAAAUGAAUUAGAAAAACUUUUAUAA